CAGCAGUGGUGAUCUGAGGUUCAUGGUUUCUUCGUGCCAUCGGUAGAGCGAGGGAAGAGGAAGGAGCACAGUGGCGCUGACACAAGGCAUCAGCAAUUGCAGCAGAAAAGCCCUUACUCGUCAUCAGCUGUGCCAAGAGUCAGAAUCUGACUAUCACGACAGAUGCUCUGAGAUGUCUUAGGAUAUUGACGAGUAUUUGCAGGGCCAUCUGAAACUGCCUUGCCAAAGGCUGAACAGAGUAAAGGGCUGGCUAGAAGGCAAGGGCAGAAGAAUGUUCUUCACAGGAAGCCAGGCAGCACAGUACUGAGGGAGCUACGGCAGCAUUUAUCUGCAGUUCUCGAAAAGCAACCAGAUCAGCACUGCGGCAGGCAGGUGGAAAGUACCAAACAGCCACAGGAUGUCCAGCCAACGGCUGACCAACUCCGAAGCUAAGGGCGGCUCGGGAAGAUCCCGUCCUACCAACAAUCAGCUUCUGUACAAGGCUUACCUCCGAUGGGACCAUUACAGCCACAAACUCCACGGAAAUCCACAGUUGCCAGCCGAAACAGAGGCCUGCGCGUCCGUCACCUCGGCGUUCUUGCAGGUGAUGUCGAUACUUUUUGAGGUGGAGAGCUUGCGCGUGGAGAACCCUCGGAACAUUCUGCAGAUGCUGUCAACAAACACGAGGCGCACCAAAGUCGUGGAGCUUUCUAGCGGGACACACAGGGUGCCAGAUGAGCUGCGGCGGCAUUCGUUGUCAGACGGCGUGGGGGGCCAGUACAGCACCAACUUGGACCGCAACCGCUAUGGGGCAGAUGACCAGUAUCUGUCCACUGUCAUCCGCUAUGAUCUGGAGUUCCUGCGCCUGUGCCCAUGCCUGGUGGACGUGGAGAUCAUCGAUGCCAAGAACGGCAGCGGCACCAUCCUGGUCUCUGCUGGAGAUGAUUUCUGCAUCUGCGCCAAGGACCCUGCGCGCAAGGGCAAGGAGGGUGAGGAGGGCCUGCAGGCCAGGGCGCAGCAGAGCGCGUCAGUGGUGCCUUGGCCCACGGCCGAGGCUGCAAGGGGGCAGCAAGGCGUGCGAGGCCAGGCCGCGGCCGCCGCAGCAGCGGUGGCGGCGGCUGCUGCGGCGGCCGGCGGCGCGCGGCCGCCCAUGCUGGGGGACCCAGCCUUGGCGGCAGCGAUCUCUGCUGCGCGCGCCGAUCCGAACGCGGCUGCCAAGUCGGCCGGCGGCUCGGAUCUGUUCGAUGCACUGCUGAUGGCAGCCACCGGAGGUGGCAACAAGGGGCAGGCAGCGGCUGCAGCAGCAGCGGCCGCAGCGGCGGCUGCGGUGGAGGAGGGGCAGGUGAGCAGCAAGCCGGCGGUGUGGCCGGUGCCGCAGCCGGCAGUCAAGCGCCAGCGGUCGCGCCUGUACCAGUCCCCCAACCCCAACGCCCCUGCCAUCAACCAGUCGGCAUCUCCCACGGCUGCAGAGGCUGGCGCUGGGGCCAGGCCGUUGCAGAGCACUCGCAAGGGCUCAUCCAAUGCUCUCAACGCCGUCAGCAAUGCCCCAGAUGCGACAAAGACUGCUCCGAUGGCGCUCGCAAAGGAGAGGAGCGGCGAGAACGGGCUGAAUGGCAACAACGAUACGCUGGUGCAGAGCAUCAUGGAGGGCAUCGACCAGGGUUCCCUGGAUGCGAUGGAUUUGGGAGAUCUGGAUGGUCAGGAUGCGGAAGGCAUCAGGGCCAGCCUGCGCGCGGCCAACGGCGGCACCGCACCGGCCAACGGCUCCGUCAAUCUGGCCGGCAUGUCCCGCGCCUUCAAGGACGCCGAGCUCAUGCGCCUUGAUGAAGAGGUGAACAUCAUGAGGACAAACCGGCUGGAGAUGGAGGCGAGGCUGGAAGACGCGCGCCAGAGGGAGCACGCCGCGGCAGUCGCCGCCCAAACGCUGCGCGCCGACCUCGGACCCGCAGACCCUCCCAGCACGGCCGCUCAGGCCGAAGAGAAGAAGGUGCUGGGGCAGCAGACGUGGGAGCUGGCCAAGGAGCGGCUGGCACAGCGUGCACAGGUGUCCGUGCCCCGCAUGGUGUCGGUGCUGCGGCUGGAGGUGCAGCGGCUGAACGUGGCGCGGUCGCAGGCCGAGACGGCGCGCCAGGCGGCCGAGGAGCGCGCGGCCGGCAGCCAGGCCGUCGCAGAGGCGCUGCAGCGCGAGCUCGCCAAGGUGCUGGCCGCCAGCGACGGGCCCCACGCGCACCAGGCCCGCGCAGCCGUCGACGCCGACAACGCCCGCCUGCGCCAGCAGCUCGAGGAGGCGAGGGCGGCGCUGCGGCGCGUGGAGGCGGAGCGGUCGGCGCUGGAAGAGUGCCUUGCGGUGACAUCCGUGUCGACCUCUGCCGCGCUGCCGGCCGUGUCCAUGUCGCUGCAGCCGGCCCCGCUCACCCCGCAGCCCCACCGCAAUGCCAACCCCACCUCCAACAUGUCCAACGGUGAGAAGCAGCCAAGCCAGGCCAGCCCAGAGAAGGCGGCAGUACUGCUGGCGCUGACCGGCCGCGAGGGCAGCCACACACCCCCCAACAGCACUACACCCAACAAGAGCGCCCCGGCCGCAGCCGCAGCAGCAAGCCAGGCACCAACCGCUGCCCAGACGCAGCAGUCGCCGCAGCAGCCGGCCAAGCAGUCCAGGCCCUCGACCGCGCAAGGCACACCGGCCUCCAGCUCCGGCGCCAUCGUGACGCCGACGGGCGAGGACACCCACAAGCGCAAACGCGCCGAAGAUGACAUCUCCCCCGACCCCAGCCCCUCCUCCGCGGCCCCCGGGCUCGUGGCGAUUCCGAUGGAGCUGCCGAGCGACGGCCUGUUGCCGGCAGAUGCGGCCGCGGCCUUCAUGGCGACACCGCCGCAGUCCAAGGAGAUGGCGGACGCCCAGGCCGCUGUGGCAGCCAUCGCCGCCUCGCAGCCGGGCGCCACUCCCGCACAGAUCAUCAAUGCUGCAAUCAUCGUCUCCCAGAACAUGGCGCAUGCAGCCGCCGCGGCGGCCGCCGCCGCCGGCACCCCGGCGAGUGCCGCCCUAGCGGCCGCCGCGUCUGCCGUGGGCUUCGGCGGCCUGACCGGCGUCCCGGCCGGCUUUACCGCCAGCCAGCCGGGGGCGAUGUCAAUCAGCACGGCCUCCGCCAUCACGGCCGGCGUGCCGGACAGCUUCAACAAGCAGCCGGCAUUGCAGGGCCUGCCGUUCGGCGCGGCAUGCGCCAAUGGACCGGCAGGCGCGGAGCAGGAGAGUGGCACCGAAGGGGCGGCAGAGGCGGCAGAAUUCGCUGCGGCCGACUUUGACGUGGAUCAGAUGCUCGCGACCCAGGCCGGCAUGGCCCCUCCUGUGUCGGGGGCUGCCAUCGCCCCAGCGCUGUGA